UUGCUACUAAAUAUUCCAUGGUCAACUGUUAGUGGUAUUAUAACAAAGUGGAAGCAACUGGGAACAGCAACUCAGCCACAAAGUGGUAGGCCAUGUAAAAUGACAGAGCAGGGGCUCAGCACAUGAUGAAGCGCACAGUGCGCAGAAGUUGCCAAUAGCUAAAGACCUCCAAACUUCAUGUGGCCUUCAGAUUAGCACAACAACAAUGCAAAGAGAGCUUCAUGGAAUGAGUUUCCAUGGCCGAUCAGCUGCAUCCAAGCCUUACAUCACCAAGUGCAAUGCAAAACAUUGGAUGCAGUGGUGUAAAGCACUCCGCCACUGGGCUCUAGAGCAAUGGAGACAUGUUCUCUGGAGUGGCCAAUCAUGCUUCUCAGUCUGGCAAUCUGAUGGAUGUGCCUGGGUUUGGCAAUUGCCAGGAGAACGGCACUUGCCUGACUGCACUGUGCUAAGUGUA